CUUUCCAUGCCCUCAUACCUACAGUGACAUACAAACAGUUUGCGUACGACCUGCACAUACCAAUCAGCAGAUGGAGCCCCAUCAUUGGCGGGAGCGAGGUGGGAAAUAGGGAGCGGGCGCAUAGCUUACCCAUCCUUCACGGGCUAACCGAACCAAUGGUGAAGGCGCUAAUAAAUAGCCCGCAAACGUGCAUGCGCAUCCUGUUGCUUCAGGGUAGAAAUUAUCCUAACCUAACCUAUCCACGCCAAAUCCCAUUCUCACUCACUUCUCACUUCCAUCUCACUCGACAUACCCACCCGCGCUGCGCCUCCAUGCUAUGUAUGUGAGCGUGGAUGUUCGAAAAUCCCAACGGUGUUUGAUUGAUCAAUUGAUUGAGAGUGAAGGAUUUUGGUGCAAUGGAUUAUGUAUGUAUGGAAGGGUAGGAUAGGGGGGGUGUUGAUUAAUGUGUUGGUAUAUUCCCCAGUCAUAUAGACUUUCUUGAGGAUUUUUUUCCGUUCUUCUUCUUCUUCUCUUCUUUUGGUAAUUAUGUACAUGUAUGUAUGUCUGAUUAAUCCUUUGUUUGAGCGAACGAUUAUUUGAACAUAUUGGAUUCGAAUUUGAAUUUGAAAACGACAAAUGCGACAAGUGUUCGCAGAAUAUUGGAAGAUUACUAAAUUGAUAAGAAGCGAUAAUGUUGGGUUGAUAUAUGAAUGGGAUUAUAGGAAGUGAGAAAGCUGGAAAUGAUUAUAUCGAUUCAGAGAUGGAGGGUCUUGGUGGUCUGGUGCGGGUUACUGGGCAUGGCGUUUAGCGGUCACGACGGGAAGACGGAUGGGAGUAGAUUUGGGCAGGACAACUAUGGAGACAAGAGGAGCUCGUCGUUGUCACCGCAAAUUAACACUCCUCGAGCUGCUGGUGAUGAAGUCAAAGGGGAUUCAAGGUAUUAUCCUACUACGUGGCCGUCUCUUGAAGAGAAUCGCACUGUGUCUUUGAAUCAGAGCUAUAAGCCCCUUUUCGAAGUUGGAUUUCAAGGACCACAAGAUGCGAAAUUUCUAGCGUUGUGUUAUACUACCAAUUUUCAAACACCAGAACCGGCCAACAUAUAUUAUGUUAUACCCCUCACAUACAAUUGUCCAGACAUUGACACCUCUUGCCAAAUCUCAGCCCAGCAAACAGGAACAGCGAAUUUAGAAGUCAAUCUCUAUAAUACUAGUGCAGGCAUCUCUACCUUUACAAAGCCAAACUCAGCCUUCUUUCUGUGUUUCAGCAAUGGUAACGACACUGUUGUGGGCUUCCUCUGCGAGUCUUAUAGUCCAUACUUCCAGAUAUUACGCAGCCCCUCACCUCUUAAUCUGAGAAGAGAAGACACAGCAGAACUAGUAGCAGCCGAAUCAUCAUCUUUGUCUGCUUUCGCAAGCUCGUUUGCGGCAGCCGUCACAAACUUUGCACCUCCGACGGCUCCACUCUCCGUCACAGCAAGCACGACAAUUUUUUUGCCUUCAGGAGGAACAGUAAUCCCAGCAUCAACAACUGCGCCCAAUAUACCCAUUUCGACAUCAUAUGCCUCGACUGUAACGACACCUAUAUUAACGCCAACCGGUACUGACGGCUCGAAUAGUGCAACUAGCACAUCUGACUCAUCCCACCCCCCCUCCGCCUCCUCGAAAUCCAGCGGCCUCUCUCUAGGCGCCAAAAUUGGCAUCGCUCUCGGCGCCAUAACCUUCGUCUUCCUCCUCCUCCUCGCCCUCCUCCUCCUCCUCCGCCGCCGCCGCAAAAAUCCUCCCAAAAACCCCUCCCGCACUCCCGAGAAUCUCCUCCUCUCCUCCUCCCUCAAACACAACAACGACUCCAACUCCCUCUUCAUCGCCGAAAAGCUCGCUCUCACCGAUCGCAGCGACACAAACACUCCUCUCACCUCUCGCGGUGCCGGAAUCCUCGGCGGAACAUUCGAUCACGACGAUGAUCUCCACCAAGAUUUACCCGCGCCCGGAAGUGCCUUUACAGCAAACACACCUGUACCUAUUAGUCCGCGCCGCAGCCAAGCUGCCAACGCGCUGCGAGGCGAAGCGAUAGGAAGUCGCGCCGUGAGUAUCGCUUCCGGGAUUUCUCGACCCGUGUCUCCUAUCAACAGCGGAGCGGGAAAUAAUAUCGUAGGUCUGGGUCGAGAAAAUAGUCACGAACGUAUUGGUGAUAGGAGUAUCUUUGAUCAGGAACCGUUUACGGAUCAUAUAGGCGCAGGCGCAAGUAGUGGGGCAGGAGGAAUGAAUGCGGAUAGAAAGGGAAGUCGUACGAAUUUAGACGCGCCGAAAGUAUAUAAAGGGGCGUUACAGGCGCCUUUUCUAAGUGAACCGGGGAUGUCGGCUGAGGAGGUAGCGAGGUUGGAGGAGGAGGAGAGGAGGAUUGAUGAGGCGAUUGCGGAGGCGGAGGAGGAAAGGAGGAGGGCGAGAGAAGCGAGAGGGAGAUAGAGAUAGAGAUUGAUGGAUAUGGUUUGAGGGAAGUUUUGGAGUUUCGGAUCUUUUGCUAGGGGGUAGUUGAUAUAUACACCGUGCUAAUAUAGUGGGUGUGAGAUUGCGAUAUUGUGUAUCGCGAUUCUAGUAUAUCUUCUUAUAUACACUUAUUUAUUUAUUGAUCUAUAUUUAUAACUAUUAGUACCGCGAUUUUAUAUACAUAGUUGAUUAUUUUAUCUAAUUUUUGUUUAAUUCAUUGUUUG